CGGAGCGCAUGGUGAUCGAUGACUCCGACGCGGCCCCCGACCACCCGCUCCCCUCCCCCCAGGAUGCAGGGGCCGCACCUAGGCCCUCGGGGCCCCCGCCGAUCCCUCCCCCUCUUUCGACAUCGCCGCCGCCGCUGACCCCCGUCCGACCCCAGGUGGCAGGUGAGCCUCCUUCCCCGAGGGCGGGCGACUAUCGACCGGACCCGGUCGUCGAGCCGGCCGCCUCCACCGCGAGCUCUGACGAUACCGCCCACACCGAUCACGCGGACGAGUCCACGCCAGCCCAUGAGGUGAGAUGUCCCACGUGUCUGAACCUCAUGGCGGACGAUAGAGCUCUCCGCCACCACACACCUCACUGCACCCCGAGCGAUGAGGCACGCCGUGUGCAGGCCCGCCAGGAGGCCGCCUCGGUCGGCGGGUCACUCUCACGCCCGGGUUCAUCUGUCCCGGUCUUUUCCGACGCGCAGUGGGCGCAGCUGGACUCUGUGGAUUGGAGGGAGUAUUUCUCUCCGUCCCGGACGCAUGCUCGCCCGCUCCGGCGCAUUCCGCCGAGGGUCCGCGGAGGCAUCUCUGAUGUCCUCCGCGCGAUCACCGCCCGUAUGGAGCAGUAUCCGGAUGCCGACGGGCCCCACUUCUUGUUCACGGCGGUGCCGACGCUGUUCUUAGCGCCAGCUACUCCACCAGAGCGGGGCCACACAGCUUCCAUCGCGGCUCGCGUCGCGCGCUUCUUCCGAGGUGAGUGGGACUCUCUCUUCUCCGACGCGCUGCGUCGUCGCACGCCCCUGCCCACCCGCACAUCACGUCGCACCCCCGUCACCACCACGUCGGGAGACGAGCGUCGGAUUGCGCGUUGCCUGCGCUUGGCAGCGUGCAACGAGACAUCUCGUGCGUGCGCGGCACUGGAGUCGGCCGAGGCGGCUCCAGACACGGAUCGCACGGUGCAUAGCCUACGGGCUAAGCACCCUAGCGCGGAGCGCCCUCUACCGGAGUGGCUCUCCACCUUCCACGAGGACGGCCUCGUGCUCUCUGCCACCCACUUGCGCCAGGCCAUUUUCACUGCACCGCGGGGCUCGUCGGGGGGACCGACCGGAUGGGUGGCAGAACACCUCCGUGACACCUACUUGGCAUUCCCACAGACCCUACCCUCCUUGCUGUCUGUGUACCAGCUCUGGCUCGGAGGACGCUGCCCCUCAGCUGCGCGUUCUCUUUUGGCCUCGUCCACCCUUGUGGCUCUCGCGAAGCCGAACGGGGACGUGCGGCCGAUCGCCAUUGGAGAGGUGCUCGUGCGCGUCCUCUCCCGCGCAGUCUGCCUCCAGCUCCGCGACCAGAUGGCGAGAGUGUUCCUCGCGUCACAGCAGUUCGGAGUCGGGGUCACGUGUGGCACAGAGGUCACCGUUAGAGGCGUUGUCCGCGCUCUAGCUGACCACCCAGGCUGGGUGGUUCUGCAGCUGGACGUGGCCAACGCCUUUAACUCUUUCUUUCGCGACGUCUUGUUCCAGGCACUGCAUGCCAGUCCUGAGUUCAGGUGCCUCAUUCCUUUCAUCCGUCUUUUCUACGGCACGCCGUCCGAUCUGCUCUAUCGGACCGGCAGGGGAGUCACCACGAUGCACUCGGAGCGCGGCACUCGGCAGGGAGACCCGCUGAGCCCGUUUCUCUACGCCCUCACGCAGCGCCUUGCCCUGGAGCCCGUCCUGGCAGGGGGUGACGUCCAGCUCUGGUCGUACGCCGACGACACCUACCUCGUGGGCCCUCCGGACAGGGUGCUGCACCACUUCACGGGGGUCGUGAGGCGCUUGGGCGGGUUGGGCCUUGCUGUCCAGCCGCACAAGUGCCUUGUCCAUCACACGUCGGUGAUCCUGCCUCGCGACGUGCAGGCUUUCACCGAUCUGGGCAUCGAGGUCGCACGCCGGGGGCUCACCGUGACGGGCGUCCCGGUUGGCACCGAGACCUUUGUGACGACCAGCCUGCGGGACCGACUGGAGAGGAUGGCCGGGGUGCUGCCGUGGCUCCCGAGGCUGCGGCAGCCACAGACAGCGGCGCGCCUGCUCUCCGCGUGUGUCAGCACACGUCCGCAGUACUUGGCGCGGACAGUCCCCCCAUCACCAGAGGUACGUGCCAUCUUUGCAGCGUGGGACGCGCGCUUGGGAGCGACCUUCCAGCAGCUCCUGGUGCGAGGUACGUGGAGGGAGGGGGACGCGAUCUGCGGGGCAGCCCUGGAGCAGGCUUUCCUCCCGAUUCGCAUCGGGGGCUUCGGCAUCCGACGCAUGGAGCGCAUCGCCCCGGUGAGUUAUCUCUGUUCGUGGGCGCAGUGCGCACCGAUUCUCUGCUCGUUGCCGUCGGUGGGGGAGGGCUUCCGUCAGAGCUUCGCAUCAGGUGAGCCCGCCCAGAUCGAUCCGCACAUCAUGAUGGCUCAGGAGGCCCUGCCGGCGGACGUCCUACGCCUCAUGCCGGCCUGGCCUUCUUGCGCGACAGGAGCACCGGACGGCCUUUUCAGAGAGGCCAGCAGACACAUCGAGGCGCACGCUUUGGAGUCGGUACGUGCCCGUCAUACUGAUCCCCUGCAUCUUGCCCGUUUGACAUCCCUUCAGGGUCCAGGUGCGGGAGCUUGGCUUACGGCGGUACCCUACGCGGACUCCCUGCGCAUUCCGGAGGCGCAGUGGCAGGUGGCUUCAUGCUUUCGUCUCGGUCUCCCCAUUCCCCAGUUAGUCCUGGCAGGUCAGUGCUCGUGCGGAGAGGAGAUCGCCGACAUGUCGGUGCCGCAUCACGCGGUGAGGUGCGCGCGCUUCGCGGUCGCCACGACCAUCCACGACACAGUGAAGUUCAUGCUUCGUGACUUCGCAGACGAGGCCGGCUUCGCUGUCCAGGUGGAGGACACGGCGCUCAUUCCGCACCUGGAGGCGGCGCGAGCUCGACUGCAGGUUUUGCACGCGGGGGAGGGGCAGGGGCAGGAGCGGGCACGACAGACAGGACGGCAGCAGCGGCGGGAUCAGGAGGGGGGGGAGAGGCAGGCGGGUGAGGAGGGAGAGAGGCAGGGGGCGGAGGAGGAGCAGGAGGGGCAGCAGCGGCGGUUCGGCAGGGAGGAUCAGCAGCAGCAGCAGCAGCAGCAGCAGCAGCAGCCGCAGCAGCAGCAGCAGCAACAGCAGCAGGGCACGGGGGAGAGCCGGCGGGAGGAGGAGCAGCAGCAGCAGCGGCAGGGUGGCGGAGAGGGGCAGCAGCGGCGCGCGGGGGGAGAGGGGCAGGUACAGCAGCCGCUGGGAGCUCAGGCAGGGCCGCAGCAGGGGGCCCAGGCAGGACAGCAGCAGGGGACAGGGGACGGGCUCUUGGGCAGGGCACCGCCGAGGCGUGUGCGUUUCGCGCGCGAGGCGGUAGGAGAGGCGCACGCGGAGGGGAGGACAGGCGAGGGGGACCAGACAGAGCAGCAGCCCGCGCAGCAGCAGCAGACGCCAGCCGCUCGCACAGGCCGCAUAGGGGCACCCGCCCGCAUUCCCGACCUCACCUGCAGGGCGCCGCGAGAUGCUUUGAUGGUGAUUGUAGACGUCUCGGUGGCAGACCCACAGCGGGAGGGGAAUGCGCAGUUCAGGCGGAUGGCACCCACUCAGAUUGGCGGCGCAGCAGCUAGGCGGGUGCAGGACAAGCUGCGACACUGGAGGCCGGUGUUACAGGGGUUGCAGCCGGAUCCAGAGUUUUACGCCUGCGUAGUGGAGACUUUUGGGUGCCUGAGUGAGCCACUGCGGCAGUUCCUAGGGCUGUGUGCAUCGCGGACAGCACGGCGGAGGAGAGAUUCAGGGGCAGGGGAUGACGGGUCGGCACGGAUAUUUGAGACGAGCCUCACUACGCGUCUCUCCGUGGCACUGCAGCGCGCGCAGGCAAAUGUGAUCAUGCAGCAUGCAGUGCGGCAGCUGGGCGGCUCCGACAAUGGAUGGAUGCCAGCGCCUGUACCUUUGGGCGCUGGGCAGGGGAGUUGGCACCACAUCACAGGGUGCUUCGAGAGUGCAGCAGAUAUGCAGUACAUGUAUGAUGCAUAUGUGUAGAAAAACAUAUAUAGGCCGUGCUUGAGACGCUGUGCCCGCGCUGUGCGCGUGGGCUGUUGUUUUGUUAGGUCCCAGGAUGUCCCUUUGAUAUAGUCACACCCCCCCUCCCCUCUUCCCCUCUUCUCUUUCUCUCCUCUUUCUCGCUCUCUUCUCCCCCACUCUUUCUGCUACCUUCUUCCUUCCACUAUCUUCUCUUUCUUUCCUUCUCUAUCUCUUCUCUCUCUCUUUUUUUCUUCUAUACCUCUAAACGCUACUAUGUCAUAAUAGC